AUGUCGGGAAGAAAGAAAAUAAGAGCACAAGAUAGCGCGCCGAAAGAGAUAGACAUUGAUAAACCAUACUGGGAUCAGAGCACUUACCGAGGAAGGGCAUUGCACUUCCUGACAGUAACGAAUCCGCUCAAUGUCUUCGCCACGAGUCAACAGCUUGAGCACGCGCGUGAUGUCGUCACGAAAUACAGACAGGGCGAGGCCUUGGAAAAACAAGGAAUCACUGAAUACGAAUUAUGGAGAUGCAAAUAUCUAUACGACAGUGCCUACCACCCUGAUACCGGCGAGAAAAUGCUGCUAAUAGGGCGUAUGAGCGCGCAAGUUCCCAUGAAUAUGAUGAUAACCGGCUGUAUGAUGACAUUUUACAAAUCAACGCCGGCUGUAAUUUUCUGGCAAUGGGUCAAUCAGUCGUUCAACGCCAUAGUGAAUUACACGAACCGUAGCGGUUCGAGUCCGAUUCCAACGGAAACGUUGGCGCAGAGUUACAUCGGCGCUACAGGAGGCGCGGUGAUAACGGCGCUGACCCUGAACCGUCUCGCUCAACGUGGACCACCACUGGCAGGCCGAUUAGUGCCAUUGGCGGCAGUUGCCGCAGCUAAUUGUGUGAACAUCCCUCUCAUGAGGGUCACCGAACUUCAAAAUGGUAUUGAAUUACAAACCGAGGACGGCACGAAAGUCGGGCACAGUAAACGGGCGGCUAAACAGGCGAUCGCGACUGUAACGUUAUCGCGAAUACUUAUGGCCUCUCCGAGCAUGGUACUGGCGCCGAUAGUAAUGAAUUACCUAGAUCGAAGGCAGCUAUUGCGUAAUGCGAAAUGGGCUGCUGGACCAAUUCAAGUUUUAAUUUGCGGAGUGUGUCUCACUUUCGCAACGCCGCUUUGCUGCGCACUUUUCGCUCAACGCGUUCCUAUCUCGAUAAAUCAACUGGAACCCGACAUACGAGAGCAAAUACGAUCACACGAUGCCGGUCUGGAAACUGUGUACUACAAUAAGGGCCUUUAAACGAUAUAGAGCAGACCAUCGUGCGGCAUAUUUUUACCCGCAUAUUUUUACCGAUCCGAGAACAUGGCCUAUUCUUGAAACUCAGGUAUACACGAGACAUUUCCAAACACAAUACUCGAAAGCACAUAUUAUUAUCGCGGACUUCCAACGAUUGCGUAAGCGAUUCGUUCUUGUUGGUACUUAGCGCAGACAGUGAGACAGACGAGACGCGGUCCUAUUCAAGUAUCGCUAUCACUGAGUGCGCGUAGCUUUGUGUAAUAAAAAAUCGGCAGGGGAUUAUAAAUUAUAAAAAUAUAAAAAUAACUUACCGGCCGAUGCGCAACAGCGGAGUUAUAAGUUGUGACCCUGCGUUGAUCUGUAACAGAGAAAUAUUUUUACAUUAAAGCAGGGUUAGAUAUCCAAGAUAAUCGACGCUUGAAAUAAAUGAUUAUAUCGCGCCCGUUAAACUGUUAAAACAUUAUUUUAUUUAAUAGAUAUUCAAUAUAUCAUCCAAAUUCUAAUGCAAGAAGCAAUCGCGGUCGCCGCGGCGCCGGCGCGGCGCCGCGGCCGUAAGCAGUUGCAUACUUCCACAUUAACUAAUUCGCAUAAUUAAUCCGCGGAAAUCCGCGAAUCGUGCGCAAGUAAUAUUACGACCGUGCCAAUAAGAGAGAGAGAGAGACGCGACGUUCGCGACGUCAUAUGCGGAGAUCGGAGAUCGAACUCCGAAAUUGCGAAAUUGCGCCAGAGUUAAACCUCGAACGAAUAACGAGUAUCACGUAAUAUAAUCAAGUCGCGUUUGAGAAACGGAAUCCGCCACAGGACUGACAGGAUAGCAAAAUAAUAAACAAAUAAUUACUCACCCCACGGUUGCUCCGCUGUCGCCCGAUGCCUCCCAGGCCCCCUCCUCCUCUCCUCGGUCCUCCUUCGUUGUCGCAUCUCCGUUGACGUGCACUCACUCACUCACUCACUCACUCACGACGUUCACGAUUUUCACGAAAAUCGACGAUAUCGACGCUCAUGAUCGCGCGAUACUUUUGACACUUUCGACACUACACCGGUAUUAAUCUCGCGACGCGGCACGUACUUUGUUACACGGCGAUGGAACAAUUACGAACGAAACUGUACGAUAAUACGAUUCACUUGACGCUCGUGACGCUUCACGUCUCGCAGUCCCCGCAGGUAGACACGGCGCGGCGGAGAGAAUUUCGUUAAUCCAGUUAAUCGCGCGGCCAACUUCAACUCGCCAGCAGCAACUGUCGCGAGGACGUUACACUUGUCACUUGUAAAGCGAUUUUAGUUAACCGCAAUUAAAUCAUCGAUUUAUGAACACGAUGUCUGUCCUCCACGAUAUCCAAAUAUCACACGAGGUUAAACGACGCGACGUUAACAGAGACUGUGAUUAAACACGUCGCGGAGUUACUCGAGUUAAGAUUUUAAGAGCCACUCGUAUCCUUUAUCUGUGUUCCAAAAACGACGGCAACUUCAUUCUGAAGCCGUGCGACACGACGCGAGACGCGAGUCAAGUCGACGCGACGGUUGAGAAAAGCGAAACCGAUUAUUCGAAAGAAUGUAAUUGAAUCUCGGUAUCCGUAUAAAUUCCGCGUAGCACAUUAAAUGUACACUCGAUAUAUCACAGUUUUUCACAAUCUAAACAAUCCGACCCGGCGAUUCAUGUAUUUAUUCCGCGAUACGAUACGGGAGCGGGAGCGCGGGAGCAACGACGUCACAACGAGUUACGAGCCACGGCCGCGCCGGCUGCGGGCGCCUCGAACGCCGCGGUAACAUGAGUAGUGGGGAUAGAGUGGGGGUACGGUGAUUACACACGAUGCGCGUUCCUGCGUGUGCGUAGUCAGCCUAUCCCGCUCUAUCCCUACUGCUCCAUGUUACCGCGGGCCCGCAGCCCGCGGCCCGUUUCGACGUUGCUCUCGGAUCGCAUCGCGGAAUAAUAUAAGUACGAAUGGUCUCUCAGGGUGGAUUGUUCAGAUUACAAAAAACUGUGAUAUAUCGAAUGCUAAUUUUAGGCCGUUUCUACGAUCAAUCGUACGUCAAAGUCGAUCAAUGUCGGAACGGAACCGAUGGUCCAAUAAGAAAAAUUCGUUUUCUAAAAAGAAAUCCUCUCAUUGGACGAUUGAACCAUCGGCUGCGCGACAUACGACUAAUUGUAGAACCAGCCUUAAUACAAUAUGCUUCGCGGAAUUUAUACGGAUACCGACUACCGAGGUAUAUCGCAUUCGAUAAUAGUGACUUUCGAUUAUAUUUCUUCGGGUGAUUGCGGUCUCGCUUCUCUCAACCGUCAACUUGACUCGCCUCUCGCGCGGCUUCAGAAUGAACUCAGAAUAAAGUUUUCGGAACACAGAUACGAGUGGACCCUAAUGGCCUCGGUGAACCAGCGUGCAGCGUAAUUACGUAGCGCACGACAAAAUCGUGCUGGUCUGCCGACUGACGAGGUCAUAAAUCGAGUAACUCCUCGACGUGUUUAAUCACAGUCUCUGUUAACGUCAUCGCGUCGUUUGAUACACCUCGUGUGAUAUUUGGAUAUCGUGGAGGGUAGACAUCGUGUUUAUAAAUCAUUGAUUUAAUUGCGGUUAACCAAAAUCGCGUCACAAGCAGCAAGCGUAACGUCCUCGCGACAGUUCGGGCAGUUUCGGACAGUUACGCCUGACGAGUUGAAGUUGGCCGCGCGACUUACAAAAUUCUCUCCGCCAUAUUAGCGUCUACCUGCGGGUUGCGAGACGUGAAGCGUCACGGGCGUCAAGCGGAUCACAUUAUCAUACAGCUCCGUUCGUAAUUCUUCCGUCAUCGUGUAAUUAAGUACGCGCCGCGUCGCGAGAUUAAUACCGGGAGUGCCGUACAAAGUGUCGAAAGUGUCGCGCGAUCAUAAACGACGAUAUCGUGGAUUUUCGUGAAAAUCGUGAACGUCGUGAGUGAGUGAGUGAGUGCACGCCAACGGAGAUGCGACAACGAAGGAGGACCGAGGAGAGGAGGAGGGGGCCUGGGAGGCAUCGGGCGACAGCGGAGCAACCGUGGGGUGAGUAAUUAUUUGUUUAUUAUUUUGCUAUCUUGUCAAUCCUGUAACGGAUUCAAUUUCUCAAACGCGACUCGAUUCACCUAUUACGUGAUACUCAUUUAUAAGCUGGCGCUAGACUAUGCGCGAUUCACGGUUCGCCAUUCGCGCCGAUUCGCCAGCGGAGCGGUUUUCUUCACGAAAUCAAAGAGAUGAAAUUCAUCUCAUUCGAGUCUAGCGCCAGCUUUUAACUCCGUUCAAGGUUUAACUCCGGCGCAGUUUCGCAAUUUCGGAGUUCGAUCUCCGAUUUCCGCAUAUUACAUCGCGAACGUCACGUCUCUCUCUUAUUCGCACGGUCGUAAUAUUACUUGUACGAUUCGCGGAUUAAUUUACUCGCGGAACGAAUUAAUACGGAAGUACGCAGCCGGUUGCCGGCACGAUAUAAUUAUUUAUUUCAAGCGUUGAUUAUCUUGGAUAUCUAACCCUGCUUUAAUGUAAAAAUAUUUCUAUGUUAUAGAUCAACGCAGGGUUACAAGUUAUAACUCCGCUGUUGCGCAUCGGCCGGUAAGUUAUUUUCUUAUUUCAAUGUCGAAAUGGAUUUAUCAAAUUACAUUACAAAACGUAAAUAUAGUAUAAGAGAAAUGAGAUAUAAAAGAAUCACGAACAGUCCAACAAUUAUUAAACACGAUGUUGAAAUUUUUAUUUACAAUGUUUAAUGUAGCGGUAAAAUGUUCUAAAUUUCUUAAUCAUGAAAUAUCUUUAUUGAAUAUUAUUUUCCAUUUAUUACAAAAAAAAUUAAAACAUUAAAGAUAAUAUAAAGGUAUAUUAAAUGAAUUAAUAUAUUAUAAUAUAUUAGUAUGUAUCUCCAUAAAUAAUCGACGUUCAUAUGGUUGUGAGAUGGAGAUUUACAAAAACUAUCGUAUCAGGGUGUCUAUUCAAAUCCUGAAAAAAAAGUUUACUAAAAAUUCCCUGAUUUUCCUCGUGUUUUUCGUUCAAAUCUUCAUAUAAAAAGUUUUAAAUUCCAGUGAAAUAUCCUAAUCUUUUCAGAUAAAAACAAAUUACUGCAAUGAGAAUUUUUUAAAUUUCUUAGGUUUUUCUAGAUAGUAGACAGUAGACACCCUGCUUACGAAACGAGUUUCUUAUUAUUAAUUAUAUACGUCCAAACAAAUACAUACAUAUCUCUUCUUUUGCGGCCUGCGUACGUAUGACGAACAUUUUAAAAAACUUAAGAGAUCUCUAAAUGUUCUUUCUUGUCAAAUGAGAAAGGGUAACGAAGACAAUAAAACACUUCAAAGUUGAA